AUGACGAGACGAUGCUUAUGCAGGCACUAUCUAGACCCAGCGCCAGAACAAGUGCGAGUUCAGUUUAUUUUUGACCGUCGUAUCGUUCGGACGCGCGCGCGAACUCGAAGCUUAUCACCUGAGAGAUUACCCACUAGAGAAUUUUGCCGUAAGUCUUUCCAGGUGAAGAUAAAUAGUGCACAUUUUGAAGUUAACGUGAACGACAGUGCUGAGAAUCAGAACAUUACUACAUUAACAUUAACACAUUCACUCCAUGUGAGAAGACAGAAAACAGAACUAUUGGUACGUGGAAUACAACAGGAGAGCAACAGUUGCCGCAUAAACUACAGAUCAGGGCACGAAAAAGCCACAAACAACAAUCCUAGCAGCACCACCCCGGCUUUGGACCAUCACAUCGCAUAGCACCGCCUGCGGCUCAGCCACACAGGAACCGGAUGUAGAUCAAUGAAUCCGACGACGAACGCGACGACAAGCGAGGUGACAACGACGAAAGCGGCGCCCCACAGGAGGAGCGUCUGCCGUCGUCAUCGUUGGUGGUAUGUUAUACCAUUGCUGCUGCUAGCGAUAGUUGGACUGCCACAAGGGGCAGUUGCCCUACGAUGCGACCGGACACCGGAGGGAUCCGGUGCGAGUAAAUCACCUGCAGAUGGGCGCUUCCGGCUCAGGAUUUCCGGCAAUCCGGACAAGUACGUGCCCGGCGAGACGUACACCAUCAGUCUGGUCGGCAUCCGGUCCAUGCAGGUGCCGCACAAGUUUUCCGGAUUUUUCCUGGCCGCCGAAAAGGAAAUGACCCUCAGUCGACCGGAACCGCAGAACAACGGCGCCCUACACCACGUGGGCACCUUCAACCUGCUGGGAGAUGCCUUGACCAAGUUCAGCGAACGUUGCCCCAACGCGGUGACGCAAACCAGCUCGAUACCGAAGAGCGAGAUCCAGGUAAACUGGGUGGCGCCUCCGGCCGGAAGUGGCUGCAUAGCGAUCCGAGCCACCGUAGUGGAACAUCGCGAUGUGUGGUACAUGGACGAUGGUCCGUUGAGUAAGAUUUUCUGCGAAGACGAGGCAGACUCCGUGGACACGCAACCUCCGGUUUUGAAGGAGUGCUGCGCAUGCGACGAGGCCAAGUACGAACUGACCUUUGAGGGACUUUGGUCCAGGCAUACUCAUCCGAAGGACUUCCCGUCGAACGGAUGGUUGACCAGGUUCAGCGAUGUCAUUGGAGCAUCGCAUACGGUGGACUACCGCUUCUGGGAAUACGGUCAGGUGGCUAGCGAAGGGUUGAAGCAAGUGGCGGAACAUGGUUCAACGCGGAUGUUGGAAAGUGAAUUGAAGAACCAGAGUGACAAGAUCCGGACAAUAAUCAAGGCCAGAGGCAUAUCAUAUCCGAAUGUGACGGGAAAAACGUUUGCCGUAUUCCGGGUGGAUUCCAAUCAUCACUUGGUAUCGAUUGUUUCGAUGCUGGAUCCCUCGCCGGAUUGGAUCGUCGGAGUUUCCGGACUGGAGUUGUGUCUGACGAACUGUUCUUGGAUUGAGAACAAAAUCCUCAACUUGUAUCCAUGGGAUGCCGGAACCGACAGCGGUCCCACCUACAUCUCGCCGGAUCAACCGACAAACCCUCCGGAUGCUAUCCGAAGAAUAAAGUCCAACUACCCGAACGACCCACGGUCGCCGUUCUACGAUCCGAGUGGAGCGGAGAUGAAGCCCCUAGCCCGGAUCUACUUGUCUCGUCAGCGACUGUACGAGAAGAACUGCGAAACCGAUGACGAAGAUAACGAAUACAAACAGGCGUGUGAAACCGAACCGUGGGACGAGUGGACCGAGUGCAGUUCCCGCUGCGGAAAGGGUCGCCAAACGCGCCGUCGGGUGUUCAAAUACCCCGUAAAAGCCAAGCAAGCGGAUUGCAAGAAGAAGCUGUUCGAACGGAGACCGUGCGUGGGACCGGAACGGGACUGCGACUAUCAGACGAGUCAGGAGCUGGAUGUGAUCUACCAGAGUGAUCCGGAGUGUGAAGUAACCGAGUGGGGUCCGUGGAGUGAGUGCAGCACACCAUGCGGUAAGGGAAACAAGACACGAUCCCGGAAAUACAAGAAGAAGGGAGCCCGGAAGAAGUGCGAACGGAUGCCGAAUCCGCCGAGGUUGCAGCAGACAGUGCCGUGCAGCGAGGAGUGCGCCGGGGACAUUUCGCAGCCGGUGAUUAGCGCCAAUAUCAACCCCGAAUGCAAGAUGUCCCAAUGGUCCGAAUGGGGCCCAUGCAGUGUGACAUGUGGCCUCGGACGCAAGAUGCGAACCCGUAUGCCACUGAACGCUGCCCUGAACACCAAGAUGCACCACAAGCGCUUCGUCAACUACUACUUGGCCAGAAGGCGCCCAACCAUGCACGAUGACGACGAUGACGAGGAUGACGACGAAUCCGUUGGAGGCGACUACGACAAUGGGCUGAUGACGCUCGAUCGGGAUGAUCCGUGCUACGGGGUUGAAACCGUCGAGGAGGUCACCUGUGGACACGAUCUUCCGGCGUGCGAUGGACUUUAUGGAGUGCCCGAACUGUGCUUCCUGGAACCGAAACCUGGCAACUGUCGGGAUUCGCAGACCCGGUGGUACUUCGACAGUGACAAGAACGACUGUUCGAUUCUCUUCUUUACGGGAUGUGGUGGUAACAACAAUAACUUCAUGUCCAGGGAAGACUGCUUGGACACUUGCAGCAAAGAUCGCAAAUUCACGAACAUUCCGAUCAGAGACCAGACGAUCAUCAACUCCGACUACUCGCCGGACUUCAAGCAGGACUGCAAAACUUCGCACUGGAAGCGAGGUCCCUGCAAUGCCACCUGUGGAGAAGGUUUCCGCGUGAAGAGCCGAACCAUUCUGGUUCAUCCAACGAACGGUGGCCAUCGGUGUCCCCGGAAGCUCCGUAAGGUGGAGCGUUGCUUCGUGCACUGUGAUUCCUCACGGCACGAUACGAACCCCUCGUGGGGACCCAGCACCCGGUACACGCCGGAACCGAUCGAUUGCGACUACUCCGCCUGGUCGGCGUGGUCUCCCUGUAGCAAGACGUGCGGCGACUACGCCGUCCAGCAGCGAACACGUUACGUGCUGAACUCGGAACACGCCCGGCAUUGUCCGCAUCGGCUCGAGGAACGAAAAUGUGAUAUCAUGCCCUGUUUGCUGGGGAACUGAGACGGGGAGCUGCUGGAGGGCGAGUAGAGCGAUGAAAGGUGAGAAUUGUUUAUUGUUUUACUCUGAAAUACUCGUUUUACAGAUUGUAGUUAAAGCACCUUUUAGACUGUUUGUUUAACUGAAUACUCACAAUUUCUAAGUAUAUUUGCUACAUAAUCAAGUUAUUACUGGUUUAUUUAAACGAUACUUAUUUCAAACAUUGUAAUCAAAAUGAUAUAGAAAUGUAAUCACAAUAUCAUCAAGUAUGUAUAAGUGAAAUAGGGAAACAACGUUUUUGUACAAGAACAUAGCCAUAUGAAAUGGUGUGAAAUAUGGUAACUGAAAAAUUGAUCAAAAGCAAUGAUUUGGAUGUGUGAAACAAAAAGCUAAUCCAUAUUAUUAGAACAAUAAUAAUGCAUGUGGCGACAAUGUAACAACAAAACCAACCAAAUAUUUAAACUAUGAUGCAACAAUAAAAAAAAUCCUGGGUGGAUAUUAGAAGAUGGAACUGCAUGACCGGAA